AUGCUUUCCGCACGACCGGACACGAUGUCUGGCUUCCGCGAUGACCACUCUCACGGUCCUGUGCCGGGUGCGCAUCCAUCGCCCGAGAUCAACGUUGCCCGCACCCGCGCCACCGUCCGCGUGCUCGUUCCAUCCGUAGCACUCAUGGUCGGAUUCAUCGGUUGGUGGUUCAUCGGCCACAACGACCGCGACCACCGCAAGGAAACCAUCGACGUUGGACCCGAAGGUUUCAACAAGCUCAAGGGCUCCAAACAUCGCGCUGCCCAACAACUCGCCGACGGCACCAGAAACCCAGACGGCUCCCUCGCAAAGUAA